CGGGCCUCGGCGUGGGUUUUGGCGUUUUUCUCAGGACGAAGCCAUUGGUUUGAGUUCUCCGUCCGGAGGGUGUUGGCAGCCACGGCCGGUGAUGUCGCUGCCGAAGACGCCGCCGUUAGAGGACAAAGCGUUCAAAGCGGCCCUGGCCAAGGAGGAGCCGGGAGGUCUUCCUGAGCUAAAGGAGAAAACAAACAUGCUGGAUCAUUCCAGACCCCUUCCCGCGUCGCUGAGGGACGAGUCGAUUCCGGAAGAAGUUCUUCUCUCUCUGACCUACGCGGCCCACGCUGGGCCCUGUCCCGAACACUUACUGCCCCUUAAGAAAAGUAAAACCCCAAAGGGUACCCUUCCUCGCCCUGUAGACCAUGUCUGGCAUCACCCUGUUCGAAGGAAUAAAUUCAAAUACUUGAUUGACCAUCCCGUCUCCCUAACAGGAGCUGGAAGGGAUAUUUCUUUUCUGUAUGAUGUUAAAUAUGCACAAGGAAAAGCUCAGGAGAAUGCGCUGUGUCCGCCAGCUCUGGACCGGUCGUUAGCGUCAAAGGACGGUGUCAUCGUGCCCCAUAAGCCAAAGACUCUAACAGACACUUUGGUUCCUGAGGAGUUCCACAUUGUGUCAAGCACGGGAGUGUCCGGUUUGGAGUGCUACGAUGACAAAUACACGACUCUCCUCACAGACAGUGAGAACAGGCUGUUGCUCUUCCCUUCCAUGAAACCAAAUAAGCGAGUGGAAGUUGUCCAGCUGAGUGACGUGAUGGAUGCUAUGUUAGAGAGGGCUACGGUGGAGAAUCAGGAGUACUCAGGACCAACCAAGAUGCACCAGCUACUACACCUGCUGAGGAAGGAACAGGCCAUUUACAACACCGUGUUUCAUGAGCUGAUUCGACAAGUCAGUGUGGACUGUGCAGACAGAGGAGAGCUGCUGUCCAAAAUCAGAGAGAGGUACGUGCAGAUGCUCGACCAGAUUGCCCGGCAGAUGAUCGACUUCUACAAAGACCUGGUUACGCAGCGAGUGAUGGACCAGCGCAUCUUACAAGAGUUAUAUAAUUUCAAGAACGUUAUUGAGGAACUGACCAGGGAACUGUGUCUGGUUCGGGCACAUGAUGUGAAAUUAACGAAGGAAGCCGAGAAGGCCCAUAAGGAUUUGGCGCAGGCUCUUUUAGAUGCUGAAAAGAAUGCCAGAAUUGUUGAGGAAUACCAUGACUUAUAUACACUGCAAAGAGGCCGGAUGGAGACUGAUAUUAAACAGUUAAUGGCAGAGAGAGAUAACUGGAGCUCAGCAACGUACGAACUGGCCCUGAAGGUAAUUGAAAGAAAUAGAAUCGUAUUGGCUAAAAGACUUUACCUUAAUGAAAAAGGCUGGAAUAAGUAUACUAAACAUUUCAUCAUACUGCUCUCAACCAAGGAUACUGCAGACCUUGCGUUGCUGCAGAAGUUGACACAGAAAUGGAGAAACUUAAUGAACAAAUUUAAGCAGGAGGUGGAACAAACGGAGGAGUGCACCUCGGAGAAACUGCAAAUUGUCAAGGACGGCGUUGUCAAAUGGCAGCAGUUCUUGGUUGAUACCAAUGAGAAAGACAUUUUGUUCUCUAAUAAGGGCAAUGUGCUAGAGUUGAUAAUUCCAGACUUCAAGCAGUGGCAAAAGAUGCUGACCGAGGAGAAGGCGCAGAUCUCGGGGGACAUGCUGGUGUCCAGACACGACAGCAUGAAGAUCAUCAGGCAUUUACAGGAAAACUGGGCAGACGUCGGCCUUGGGAUAUUUAGUCGCCAUAGAAAUAUGGAAGGGGAGUUGCCGCCAGAGCAGCAGUACAUGGAGGAGAUACUUAAAAAUGCAGAAAGACUCUACAAAGAAUAUGAAAUACGAAUAAAUGGUGACAAUGGUGCCUCUAAAAUUCUUCCAAGUGUCAUUGGUUGCCUUGAAUUCUGUACUUUCAAGUUGGAAAACAUCCUGGAGUGUCCUGAAGUGUAUAUUGAAGAAUGGGUGGGAGUUAAUAGAAAAAUUAAUGAAAUGAAGUCUCAGCUGGAUGCGUUACUAAACGCUAUUGGUACUGUUCCACAGUUCAUGGACGUGGAUUCCGGCUCGGUACUCCAAGCACAUACAUGUAACAUGAUUCAACAGUGGCUUCUGAAGAUAGGCAAUGAAAUUAACAACGGUAACAUUGAACUGCAGCGCCACAUGGACGAAUUGCAUAUAUCAAUGAUCCAGUGGAUGGUCAGUUUGCUGAUUUUAAUGGUCCCUGACUUCACCGACCAGUACACCCUGCCCAAGUUAGAGGAGGAGAGUGCUGAGAAACGUGACAUAGGAGUUGCUCAGCUGGAGUUAGAUGCAGUUGCACUGGCGAGGAAGCUGGCCCAGUACUCCAGCUAUCUGAUCAGGUGUUGCAAAGAGAUGGCAACAGCAAUGGCUCUGAGUAAAGCAACUCACUUAGAUAAAAACCCUGCUAAGGAGCUUCAGGAUCUGGAUCACAUGAAGAAAGAAUGUUUUGAGUGGAUCAAUACGUGCUCUCACCUCCUUUCCGAUCUCAAAGGCAGAAAGAUAAAACUGUUGACUUAUGAAGAAGUGCAGCAGCUGCUUGGAGAAGAGGAAGUUGCACAAGAAUCAGUUGAGUCGGAAAUAACCAACGGGGCAAAAGAAGAAAAGAAGGAAGAUGUGAAACUGGAGGAGGAAAAAGAAGAGGAGAAAGCAAAAGAGAAACCUUCAACGUCCACAGAGAAGGAAAAAACCAUUCGAUUCAUUGAAGAAGAUGAAAAUAUCCAUUCCAAACCUUUCAUGGGAGCAGAUACGUUGACUUCCUGGAGAGAGUCAGCUAAACAAGGUACACUGGCCCAGAAGUAUCUCGAGGCGAUGGCUGUCAUCGAACACCUGCAGGAGAAGGUAACGGAGGUUGAGAGCAGAGCCAGACAAGCGGAGGAGAGGUUCGAGGAGGUGAACGAGAAACUUCAUUACACCCUGAUAAGGAACAAAGAUCUGGAGAAGGAGCUGGAGGAGAUGGCCACGAAGCCCAGGAAGAAGGAGUUGGAGGGGGAGGAGGAAACCGAGGGAGACAAAGACGAGGGCAAGGAGGAGGAGGCCGAAGAGAAGGAGGAGGAGGAGGUCAAGCCGGUGCAGAGCGCCUCAAAGCCGCUGAAGAAAGGUGAGGCCGGCUCCUCCUGCGCCUCGCGGGGCUGCAGGCGCCGGGGGACCUGA